GCGGCUCUGGGGGAGGUUUUGGGGUAACUGGGGACCCCAGGAGCGAGCACCCAGCUGGGCAGGCUCCGUGCUGCCCCAGGUGAGCCUCGGGGAGGUGUAGAGCCACCAGCUGAGGUGUUUGCUCAAGAGGGAAAGGUGACUGGGUGGGGAUAGUAUCCACCCAGCUCUGGCUUUUAAUGCCCUGCCAGGGCUGCUUUCUAGCUCUGGUGUUGCUCUCCCUUCUCCUUGCAUCCCCACCAGCACGUCCCCACGGCCUGUUGUCCCCCUGCCCGCCCUGUGUCUCCUGUCCAAGCGAUGCUCCUUGGAGGGCUGAGCGUGGAUAUGAGCCUCAGGAGGAGGCUGCCCUGCUGGAAGGCGCAGUGGGGAGCGCUGUUGGGUGAGAGGGAAACCAGCCUCAGCUUGUGUCUGCGCUGGAUUCCCGUGUCUGCAUCUAGAGGGCAGGGCAGAGGGAAAGAAAGUUGAUAAAUAAAUAAAUAAAAAUGCUGAGAGCGGGAUGCUUCCCAAAACUACAUCUCCCAGGCUGCCCCGCUGCUGCUGCUCCCUGGGGUCGGAGACGGGGGUCCUGGCCCCACAGGCACUGGCAUUGUGCCCCUGCCCACGGCUUGGCAGCAUGGAGCCGCCGGAAAAGCAGCCCAAAGACUUUGUGGCUGUCGUGCUGGAGGGCAGAAAGUGCCCCCCGAAGAAGAAGGGUGUCACGGGCCGAAUCAUGGAGCACCUCCAGAGGACCUUGCAGAGGCCCAUCUCCUGGCGGCUGUCUUCUCCCGUGGCUUUCCCGCAGUGCUGCACAGGCUCUUGUCCAAACCUGAUGACGAGUAGCAGUGAGGCACGAGGAGAGAAGCCCGGGGAGGUGGUGUCUGCAGCCCCGCAACCUGUCAGGACAUCCCGGUCACCCCGCUGGUCACCGUCAGCAGGAAGGGAUGGCCCCAACAGCACAGCACGCUGGGGCUGGCGGAGUGGUCUGGGGGUCCAGGUGGAGGAGGCUGACAGCAGAGGACCAGCCCGCAGUGUGGGCUCCCUGGUGCUGGCAUCCCUUCCUUGUGCCCUCAGACACAGUCCCUCCCCUCCUUCUCUCCUGCCUUGUCCAUCACCCUCCCCUUCUGAGGCCAAGCUUGCCAGCCACUUCCCCUUCUUCUCCAUCCCUCUGCCCUGCACUGGCCGCAAGAAACCUCACAGAGAGAGCUGGAAGAAGAAGAACCCUCAUCCUGAAGAGCACCCCGGUCCUAACCCAGAGGAGCCUGCUUGUUUCUCCUUCGCAGGACCUGUCAUCGCCCGGAUAACUGACUGCAUCUACCUGGGGAACCUCAACGCCGCCUACAGCGGGCGGGUGCUGUGCACGAAUGGUAUCGACAGCAUCAUCGACGUGAGCUCCCUGCCCAGGGACCACAGCCUGAGCAUCAUCCCCUGCACCUGCGGCCGGGCAGGCUUCAGGCACAGCUGGCCGCGGCUCAGGGUUGACAUCAGGGCCUCCCUGCACAGGGGUCAUCAUGAUAUAGGGCAGCCCUGCUUCCUGGACAUCAACGAGUGCAUCGAAGCCUCAAUGGAGAAAGGGAAGCGUGUCCUCGUCCACUGCAGGGAUGGUUACUCUUUAGGUCCUACGUGUGUCAUCCAGUACCUGAUGGUCAAGCACAGCAUGGGACUGCUGGCAGCCUAUGGGUUUGUGAGGGCACGGUACCCGCUGAACAUCCAGGAGUGCCAUCAGGACCUGCUGGUGGCUUUGGAGAUGUCCCUGCAGCCUGGCACUGCCAGCUUGGCAUGCCUGAAGCACUCCUUGUCAAGGAAGAUGGCAUGGAGCUAAAUGGGACAUGGUGGCUGUGGCCAGCAGCCCCAAAGAAGAAGAGCCAAAAGGAAGAUAACCUGAACCCCAUCUCCUGGGGAAAGAGAAAACCGUAGCUGUGGGGUGUGUAGGACAGUGCUGGCACAGGAUGCAAAGGUGAUGGCUUUGCUUUGCAGCAGCUCCUAGAGGCUGGUGCUGGCAGACAGAGCUUGGGGAGUUCCUGGGGACACAGCGGAGGGAGAGGGGAUGUCCUGGGCAGGGUGGGAGCUGUGUGUCUUGGUCUGAUGUAAUCUGGGGAAAAAGCAGUCAGCCACCCCAUUCCUCGGUCAUCCUGCUGAGCUUUUACUAUGAACACUACUGCUGUUGGGCUGCUAGGUGUAUCUUAUGUUUUAUUAUUUUUUUUUUUCCCCUGACAAUAUCAUCCUUGGAAACAAGGCCUAAUGUCAGCUGGUUUCAUGCCGGACAAGUCAUUGCAUGGUCACUGCCCACUUGAUGCUGCCAGGGUGCUGAAGAGGAAACAAUGCAGCUCCUUGGGCCUGGGGACUUCUUGAACCCAUCACCCUCUGGUUUUGAUCUCUCCUCCAAGAGCUGCUGUCUGGUGGGCCAGCAGGGGCCAGGAUGGGUGUAGUUCUGUGGGGAGCUGAAGAAAAUGGCUGUGGACACUUUGGAAAGAGUAAUAAAGAGUUGGUUUAACUUCA